ACUUUUGAUAGACGACAAUUGAUAUUUCUAGAGUGAAAACAACACUUCUUUGAUCGGAAAAAACGAGAAGAGAAAAAGAAAAAUCUUUUUUAGAUUUCUUUCGGAAAUAUUUAUAAAAGAAAUUUUAUUUUAACAAAAAAUAGUGUUUUCAAUUGAUUUGAAAAAUAAUUUUUGUGUUUUUCUAUUAUAAAAAAUUUUGUGUGUUUGUGUAAUCAAUAUUUUUACCCAAAAAGCUAAUAUUGUGACAGUGGCAAAUUUCGAAUGAAAAGGAUGGCAAAAGGCGGAGAGAAAAUGAAAAUUAAGAAGAGCAGAGCAAAAUUGCUCUGAAGUAAAGAAGAAACGAAAGAAAAGAAGUAAAGCACAAAAGAGAGGAAAAAAUCCCCAAAAAAAUGAAAGAAGAUAAGAGAAAAAAAUUGUGAAGAUAAUUUAAAAAAAAAAAAGAAAUAAUUAAAAGAACGAAAAGAAAAAUGGACGAAAAACGAGCGGAAAGUUUACUUGGUGCUUUAUAUUCGUUGACGGCGAUUUUGACAACAAUUUCAAUUGUUUGCUUGGUAAUUCCUUGGCAGCAUUGGUCAAGAACAUUGGACAGUUGCAUUGACGUUGAUUGCGGUUGUAUUUUAUAUGGCAUCAAUACAUUCAGCACAUUUUUAGGUGGCGAUGUGAAAAUUUGUCAUUUUGGAACGUACAGUUUAAUUCCAAUUUUAAUUUUUGGUCUAUGCCUGGGAAUUUAUCAUGGCUAUCGCUCUUGCAUUCCACGCGGUCUCGAUGAACCACGAAUUGCCUCACGACGAAAUCCACACGAUAGCCGAGAUUUUGUGAGGGGCGACGUUAUUGUUAUUCGUCGAAAAGAAAGACAGCCAUUUAAGCAAUGGAUCCUGGCGAGUUUUUUGGCUGCACUUUUGGGUUUUCUAUCCUUGGCCCACGCAAUCGUCAUCACCGAUGGUUAUUACAAAACUUGCGAGCAAUAUAAACGAAAUAUGGUGAAGCUCCUUGGUUCUCGUGGUCGUGAACUUCAAGCAAUUCACAAUCGUCUUCCUUGUGGUGCAAUUUUCGAUUUUAUGGACUAUAUUCAACCGGAUGCGAAUAAUUGGCGACGAGGCGACGAAAUAAAUACUGGACUCUCCCUUCAAUUGUCAAUUAUUUCCGCGUGGUUCAAUUUCUUCACCUGGAUUUUAAUUUUCACAAUUAAUUUCAUAAUGUCACGUCGUCGAGUCCACAGUACCGGGGAAAAAUUUUGCUGCUUCUUUUGAAAUCUCAAGAAAAAAGAAAACAGUAUUCACAAUAUACCUAUAAAUAUUAAAACAAAAAACAAAUAAUUUAAUUGUCGCAAAUAAUUUUGUAUAGUAUUAAUUUAUAAUUUAUAACAAAA